AUGAUAACAACAAGCAUCAAUCAGGCGGAACGGAUGCUGGCCGAAUUUGAUGAAACGUGUAUAAAGAUCGGUCUUUGGCUGAAACUAGACAAGGUGAUGCUUAUGAAGGACGGAUGGGUUUCUCAUGCCCCAUUCACGCUCAACGGAACGAACAUAUCCGAAUGCUCCAGCUAUGCAUAUUUAGGUCGAGAAAUUAACACGAUGAACGACCUACCACAAGGACAAAGAAAGGAAAGGGCACAAGGAAACGAGUGGCUUGGGGAGCAAUCAAGAGCAUCGAGGAUAUAG